CUUUUUUUUGUUCAGAACAGCAAAGAAUGUAGUUUUUACAGAAAUGAAUUAAAUCAUGGAAAUUUAAUAUCGAUAGUCGAGAGUGUUAAAAUUAAAUUAUAAGAUAAAUAAAAUUACAGAAAUUAUCUUCCACUUCCUACUGUUUAAAAAUUAGAACCUAACCAACAACUUUGUACAAAACUAGGGAUGCUGAUAUCGAAAAAAAGUAUCGAUAUAUUUAAAUCGAUAUUUUUGUAAUAUGUUUCGUUGCAAAACAUAACCUGUCAAAGUUAAAAAUAAACAAAAGAAAGAACAGAAAAUUUCAAAAUUAUCACAUUCCAAAAAUGAUGGAAGUCUCCCCUCUAAGCAUAAUUCUAGUAAAAUCAGACAGUAAAGGGGACCGACUACUAUUCCGAUAUCCAUUUCAAGUACAGGAAACCAUACAAACUCCUAGCAAAGUCCGGAAAAACUUAUAUGCAUUCCAAGGGCUAGAAGAAACUAUACAGAGCGCUGUGAUAGUGUCCACUUCCAAUAUUAGCAAAGGAACGAUCACGGGUUUCAGUGACGAAGUCCUCUCUUCCUUGUUUGCAGUGAAAACAGAUUUGUGCAAUAAAAAGUUUGAGCUAAAAGUUAAUGAUGUAAGAUUUGUGAGCCACCCUACCUUGAUUCAACUAAAAAAUAAACAAGCAGAUAAAGAUGAUUCUGGAAUAAUGCUAAUUAAUAUUGUGUUCGCUUUAUCAGCUUUGGCCAGUCAUUCUGUAGUUAGAUGUUAUCAUGAUUUAAGUCAAAGAAUAGGAAUUAUUUUACGCCACGAAGAAAAACGUUGUGGAUAUAUCUCAGAACAAACUCUUAGUAUGAUGUCAUCUCAUGAUGAAGAUCCUACAAAUAAUGGGUCAGCCUUUCAAAAUAUUCUGGAAAGAUGUAAUUUGGCAAAUAACAUUAAAAAAAUUUACGAAGAUUUAUGUAGUGAUGGAGUUGUAAGUGUUAGAAUUAAUAGGUGGAUUGGCUUAAGUUUUUGUCUUCCACAAAAAGCUCAUCAGUGGCACUUGAGAGGGCAAAUUGUAGAGCCUGAAGAUAUUGAUAGGUGUAUUCAAGCACUAAGACCCUAUCACAGUUUAUUGUUACUUCAUCCUGUAGAACAUUUGAUCCAAUAUACCUGCCUAGACAGUUCUCCAUCAUUAGAAAAAUUAUUAGCCCAAUAUUCGCCAAUGAAAAAUUUACAAACCCUAGCAGCUGAUUCUGAUCUAACUUUAGCACAAAUCUUUGAACUAUCAGCUCAUCUAGUUUACUGGGCCAAAGCCACUGUGAUUUUUCCUGUUUGUGGCACAAAUAAAUAUGUGAUAUCUCCUCGUGCACCACUAAAUCAUAAUUCACCUCUAAUAGAAAAAUUUAACAGGCUAUUUCCUGGAUGUCAUCUUAUCCAGAUUAUAAAUGAAUUUUCUGUUCCCACUUCACUGCACUCCAAACUAAAUCCACUUUGUAAAACAACUUUGGAAUCGUCUUUAGCAAAAUAUAUUAUUUGGAUGUUACAGCAUCAUCUUUUGUUGCAAUUGCAUACUUAUAUUGAAUAUAUGCCUACUGAAAAUGGGUCUUCUGGUUCAAAGUCUCUAAAAAAAUGUGGUAAAACUCCUUCACCAAGGGCUAGUUCUGUUUUGUCUGCUUCAUAUCCUGAAGUAGCUAGGACUGAAUCAGAAAGUGGAACUUCUACAGUAUCAGAAGCACCUGAUUUAAUUAAACAGUUAAAUUUGGAAAAUGUUAGUUUCGCUUCAACAGAUGAUGAUAAGCACGAUUAUCAAGAAGAAUUAUUAUUGGAUUUUCCUGAUGAGGAACGAAGUCAGAUUUUUAAAAUUCCUGCUACAAAUACACCGGAUGAUUUGAAAUUGUUUGCCAGAUUAUGCAGGAAACGUUAUUUUGAAGGCACACAUCAUGUAGAAGAAAUAAUGUAUUUAGAGAAUUUAAGACGUAGUCAGUUGACACAACUUUUGGAUAAAUUUAGGGACGUUUUGAUCACUUAUGAUAGUGAAGAUCCUGCCAUAGCAAUGUUUUCUUGGAAUAGUUGAAAAAAAUUAAAUGUUAUGUUACGCUUGUUAUAUUAUAUAAAAUUAUACCUAUGGUGAUUAUUAUUUAUAAGUUAAGCUUUAGCAGUUUUAUUGAACUUAUUGUUUUUACUAAUUUCUUUUUUUUUUAUGAAAAUGAAACUUUAUUGAAUUAUUGCUUUACCAUUAACUUAUCUGUGUUAUUUUCACUGAAAUUUGCAUGUGAUGUUCAGUUGAAUAAAUGGCUAUAAUUGUUCUAUUGAAAAUUUUUGUAUUAUUUUCAGUAAGUGGAAAUAUAUUACUGAUAAUACUGGCAAUAACACAUUAUAGUGUGAAUCAGAGACCUUAAAACAAGUUUCGAAAAAUCAGCCAAUCAGAG